GCCUCAGGGUGUCUGGCGUGCUGCAGGCGGGCUCUGGGCGCUGCGGCUUCGGGAUGUGGCAGCAGGUGGUCCGCGGUGUGUCGGCCGGGAUAGUGGGAUGGUUCCGCUGCCACCUGCCUCCUGUGUGCCACUACGGGAGGGCACAGCAGCGCUAUGGAGAACGGAGCGCCAGGGCUCUUAUCCGGGGCCUGCGCUACAGGAACAGGCCGGGGAGGACGGGCAGGCUGCUGGCUGCGCUCACAGGGGCCUUUCUGUGGGAAGAGGAGCGUGUGCGGGAGGAAGAGAUCCUCAGUCCGGCUGAGGAGAUGAAACGCGUGCAGCUUGCCUGUCGUGUAUCUCAGGGGCAGACUCGAGGAUUUGACAGCGGUGAAGAAGGCUGGGAGCUGGUGGUGGAUAGAAAGCACUUUCGGUUGUGGAGGCGACCCAUUGAGGGAACUCACCUGUAUUGGUACCGAGUGUUUGGCUCCUACAAGGAUGUCACUCCUCGUCAGUUCUUUAACGUCCAGCUGGACACAGAGUACCGGAAGAAGUGGGACGCACUGGUCAUUAAACUGGAAGUGAUUGAGAGAGACGUGGUCUCUGGAUCCGAAGUGAUUCACUGGGUCACUCAUUUCCCUUAUCCAAUGUAUUCCCGGGAUUAUGUUUACGUCCGAAAGUAUCACGUUGACCAGGAGAACAACCUCAUGGUUUUGGUGUCUCGGGCGGUGGAACAUCCUGAGGUGCCCGAAUCUCCUAACUAUGUACGAGUACGGAACUACCAGUCCCAGAUGGUGAUCAGGCCACACUCGUCCUUUGAUGAGAACGGCUUUGAUUACAUGCUGACCUACAGUGACAACCCGCAGACCGCGUUUCCUCGCUACUGUGUGAAUUGGAUGGUGUCCAGCGGGAUGCCAGAUUUCCUAGAGAAGCUACACCUAGCAACACUCCGUGCCAGAAACAUGGAGAUCAAAGUGAGGGAUUACAUAUCCUCCCGACCUCAGGACUGCAGCAGUGAGACUAGAGCCAGUCCAGAAAGGAAACCUGCGUGCACUGCGCCACAGAUGGACUAUGCAUAAUAGGGGUGUGAAUGCCCUGCCUUAUCUCCACAAGCCAGAAUUGAAGACCACAGCUGUUGGGACAACGUGAGGCUUCAUGCCAACUAAGCAGCAGCAUCUCAAAUACCAGGUACUACUACCGAGCAAAACUCAAACUCUUUAAAUCUCUUACAAGGCCAUCAGUGCCUUGUUGAGUCUCUCCUGAUGCUCUGGUUGUACUAGGUGCUGCCUCCACAGCUUCAAGAGAACGUGUGGUGGACAUCUGCAAGGAAACAUGAAUGCUGGCAUCACCAACAGGAACACAAACUAUUUUACGUCCUGUAUGAAGUGUUCAGUGAGGUUCUUGUGCAACGGCUAUUACCGAUACUUCCCUCCAAGAACGUUGAUGAACUUCAACAUUAUCAAUUAGGGAACAGUUGCAUGGUAGAAGGAAGCUUCAUGACCUUCAAGAUUUUUUCUUUUUUUUUUCUUUUCUAUUUGAACAAGAACUGGGUUACUGGAUCAUAGGAAUCUCCAUAAUGGGUUUUGAUGUGUACUUGCAAUGAUGUGAAGAUUUGACUUUUUCCAUGAGCAGGUGGACAUCCGAUAUGACCUUAAAGAAAUGUCUGUUUGGUUAUCCCUUAUUCAUAAGAAGUAAUCUUCCCAAGAGCUUGUUGAUCUGCAGUCAAGAUUAAGUUCUGGAUCUCUAAAUAGAAGUGAUGUUAAAAAAAAUAUGUGCUAUAGAUAAAUAUGACCUUUCUUGCAGUUCUAUGCUGUUUUCAGCAUUGGUAAAGCAAUAUCACAUUGACCAGCAAGCCAUUCCUCCUGUCCACAAGAUGGUGGCAUGUGACCAGACAUGUCAUCCAGUCUUCUCCAUUGCUCUUGUGUUACAUUCCGACAUUCAGGAGCUGUGCAGGUGCAUUGUAUUUCAGUUGAGGAGGCUGGAAGAUGCGUCUGGUCCCAUACCCCUCCUUUUGCUGCCAUAUUAAUGAUAGGAGCGUGGUGCAGACACAGGGAAAGGCUUGCAGAACAAGAGGAUGUUGCUCAAGCACUACCAAAAACAUUGUAGAAAGAGAGUGUGAUGGUAAGUUGCACCUAAUUAUCUGCAUCACACAUUUCUUAGGCUACUUUCACACUGGCGUUUUGGCUUUCCGUUUGUGAGAUCC